UAAAUAUAAAUUUCGAUAUAUAUAUAUAUCUAUGUAACUGCGUAUGAAUGUAGGAAUAUAUAUGUUCAUUGGGUUUACAUGACAUGUACAUACGCAUGUGUUCAUAUACAGUGUAAACAGAAUACGUAAGGGUCAUCUGCGGCGACCCAGUGAAAUCUUAUCUGUAGCAACACAUAGCUUAUAUUCAAUUGAUCGUUCUCUGAUGAGGAUGUUAUUGGUGUCAUAAGGAGUCGAUUUGUAUUUUGAAUAAAAAAUGACGUCCUGCUAAUAAGUCUUCCGUCUUCGCAAUUUUUCAAAGUUUUGGAUAGAGUCGAACGAAAAUGGGUUACUCGGUAGCGGGAAUUCUGUUACUGUUCCUAUGCGUGGGUCCUUCGAUCGCUAGAGAAUUAUGUCCCGAAAGCGUAAUUAAAGAUGCCAUAUUGAGCCUCGCGCAUAUCAUGAGAGAAAAUAGUCAAAAAUUGGAUAGGCACGAAGCUAGAGAGCGCGUGUUAGGUGAAUGGACGAAAAAAGCCGUGGGAUCUUUGUCGAAAAAAAUGUCAAUCAUCGACACUUCCAAAACACAUUUAACAAAAAUCGAAGAUAGCAUAGCUAGUAUCCAACAAUUAAUUUCUCAGAGAGACGAACGAGAGCGAAUUCAGAUACAAAAAACUGCAGACAUGAUAGAAAAUUUGGAACAUCGUUUAGAUGCGCAGUUGGAUGACAUCAAGAAUACAAUAUUUCAAAUUAGUAAAAAACUUGAACCAUCGCCCCCACCUCCAACUCCCGAACCAACUGUUCCACCAACUACUCCCGAGCCCGUUUCACCUUUAGAGAUUCUGUCGAAAUUAAAUGAAACGGAAGCUCGAUUGCUAGAACAAGUCGCCAAAAUUGAAAAUGAACUCGGUUCAAUGGCUCUUGCAAAUCAACAGGAGGCACUGAGACUAGGUCACAAAACGGAGACGGUAUUUACCGAGGUACAGAAUAUCAGCAACCGACUCGGGGAUGUUGAAAUUAUACUCGAGCAAAUUCAAUCGAACGAUGCCAAAAAUGAGACGGAAAAAAAGUCGGAAGAACCAACGGUCAACAUCACGACGAUUCUCGAGGAACAAGGGAAAGCACUUGGAAAUGUUAGAGAAUUAAUGGAAGAUACAGCGAACCGUAUUCAAGACAUACCGACGUUGUCCGAGGCUCAAGCUUUGCAUAAUGAGACGCAAGCUGCCCUCCAAGAAACAAAGCAUGCUCUGGAAGAAAUAAUUGACCUUGGAUUCAGUGGAAUGACGACACGAGCGAAUGAAAAUAAAGAAGAAAUCAAGGAGAGUAUUGGAACGCUAAGAUCCGAUUUAGCCGAUAAUGCUGAGCGUGUUAACGGUAAGUUGAGCGAUAUCACCAAAUCGCAAAUAGUAAUGGUGACAACUGCGGACACUGUACUUGACACGAGAAAAAGGGUCGAGUACGGACUUCACCAGAUCCUUUUGGAAAUCGGUGAACUCGUAAAAGACCAAAGUUUAACGAUCAAUAAAACUUUGAACAUGAAAUUCGAGGGAAUUUCAAACGAUAUUAUGGGGAACCAAACCAAGGCGCUCACAGGUUUGACAAAUAAAAUGGAACAAGAAUUGAACCAGGUUUGGCGACAGAUAAAUGUGAUGUAUCAACAAAUGACUGAAAGUGCCAAAUCACUUGAAAGACUGCACGACCAAAAUGAGGCUUACGUGAAUGGCUCUACUUCUACCAUGGAUGGCAUGGGAAGCAAGGUCAGCGAUAUAACGGAACGGAUGCACGAGGUCGAUUCCAACUUAAAUUUCUUAUUGGGUCGACUGUCUUUAGUAACCCAGGAAUUUAAUCAAAUAAAAUCAGGGCUAGGUGCAGCACUGGACAACAUAAAAGCCUCAUUUAAAGAGGUACAAAAGAAGGCUAAUGAUUUGAGUAAUCCAGGACCAUAUGCUGUUCCCGAUGAUCAUGUAGAACUCGAACCUCCUUCCUAUGCACCAGACACAACACCUGAUAUAACAAAUUCGAUUUUUGAUCUAACAGCAAAUUAAUUUUUAAUUUCCUUUUUUGACUUCAUUUUGACGCAUCGGUAUUUGUUGACACUUCGAUGAAAAUCCUUAUCAUAGACCGCAUAGAAAUAAUGAAGAAGUGUCUUCCCAUAAACCGAGACGAUUAGAUUUACCAAAGAUAGGAGACCUUUUCUAAGACUCGUCCUACGAAUUUAAUUUAACAAUUCAUCUACCUUAUUCAUUUGACUCAUUGAUAAACAAUUCGAUUUACCGUUUUGCUGAAAGAGAGAAAAAAAUCGGAAAAACAUUUUGUGCACACAGUCGACUUUGUUAUUAAUAGGCCACCUCCUCCUCCCAUCACCCCCCGUUCUUGUGUGUAUUAUGAUGAUUCAAUAAUAAUGAUGAUGACGAUAAUAGUAAUGGCUAUAAUAAUUACAACGGCCAUAUCAAUAAUAAUAAUGAUAGUGAUAAUGAUAAUGUUAAGAAUGACGAUAACGACAAUCGUAGUAAUAGUAAAAGUGGUGAUGAUAUUAUUAUAAUGAAAAUAAUAGUAAUAAUGACAAUGAUGAUCGUGAUGACAAUGAUAAUCAUAAUGAUAGCGAUGCUGAUGAUAAUAACAUUAUUCAAGUGAUAAUUCCCAUCCAUGAUCUUUUAUGAUUAUGUACGCGAGCAUUUUUUUGUAUUCCUACUUUUUUCGAAUUAAAAGAAGAGGCCGCACUGUGACAAUGACAAAAA